CAAGAUUGACGGCUCCCAUCGUUGCUCCUCGAGCCUUUUUCUUUGUCGCUCUUUCGCCCGAGCCCCGUCCUUUCAUUCUCUCAGUCCUCAUCAUUCGGAGGAACUUCUCCGUUGCCUCUCGUACCAUUCUCUCUCCCCGUCCAUCACCCUCUCAUCCGUGUUCGUGUACGGGCUACGCGGGCACAUCCCGCUAUCUUCUGGAACAAGAAGGGGCUAAACUCGUCGUCACUCGCUAUCCUAGUGAAUAUCGUCUCUUUCUCUCUCGCUGCAAGAGGCUCGUGGCCGCUCUGGCUUCCACUAGUGGAGCUUGAACCCAACUAACAACGGCUUGGCGUCUUUGGACAAGCUCACAGAUCAACGUGCGCUCAUCCGUCAUUAGCGUUGUUGGUACAGAGACUUCUGCAGAUUCCGGCCAACUCCUUCCCAAUAGUCGACGUCUAAUCUGAGUGCGCCAAAGCAAAAAGAUCGCACCUCUUCCUCUCCCUUUCACCCCCUUCCUUCGCUUUUCUCUACUCGGAAGCCCAGGCUACACGCGCACCCAACGUGACGAUCACAAGGACGGGUCUGUCGUUACGACAAAGCUCAGCGCGUGCGGUCCCUCCGUGGACCUGAUUAAAUGCGGAGACGGCCAUCGGCCUCAUCCACACCUGAGGAGGAGGACGAACACCAUCUUCAGCAGCAACAGCAACGUCUGCGGGAGGAGGGAGGUAGUGACGACGACUCCAGUAGUGGCGACAGUGGCAGCAACAGCCCCGAUGUUGCGAAUCGGAAACACGUGGAGGACGACACGGAGGGAGGCUUGAGGACGCCUACAGCCGCGCAGAGGCCCUUGAAGAAGAAAACUAUGGAGUCUACCGGCAAGGAGCAGCACAAAAGGGCGGGCAGAUUGGAGGCGCGUACGGCUUGGAAGCAGUCUACUCCACCGGGGCGGAGGAAGGCAUCAAGCAGCGCAAAAGAGAAGGAGGUGCUGGAAUUGGAGCUCUCAGUCAAAGACCUUGCCCGGGAAGACGAAGCGAGACCAACCACACCAAGCCAACGACCUGCGCGAUGGCGCGACCCGUGGUCCUUUUCGCUUCUCACCGUCGCUUCGCUGGCUGCAGCGGCUGCGCUGAUAUUGUGCAUAUGGCAGUCCUUUACAGGACGUCAAUUGGAUCCGAAGGGGGCCGCCAUGUCGUACAUGGCCUCGGCUUUUGUGCGAUUCCCCGACUUUGACACGGAGCAUACGCGUUUUGCGAGCAAAUAUUCAUUGCACAUGUACAGGGAGAUGGGGAUAGAAGAUGACGAUCCACGGGUGCGUUUUUUCUCCCUGCCCCAUAUCAAGUCGCAUGAGCUACAGCUAAUGCAAUCAAAACCAGGUCAAGGGUGUACCUGUUCUCUUCAUUCCUGGUAAUGCAGGAAGCUACAAACAAGUCCGCGCUCUGGCAGCUGAAGCUGCUCAUUACUGGAACAGGCAUAUUCGGCCAUACGAUGAUGCAGCAGGUGAAGGCAAGGUUGCCCUCGACUUUUUCACCGUCGAUUUCAACGAAGACCUCACAGCCUUUCACGGACAGACACUGCUGGACCAGGCUGAAUACCUGAACGACGCAGUUGCGUACAUUCUAUCGCUAUAUCACAAUCCCGAGAGGUCGAAGCGGGAUUCGCGUCUCCCAGACCCAAGCUCCGUCAUUCUAAUCGGACAUUCCAUGGGCGGUAUCGCAGCGCGGACAAUGCUGACCAUGGCAAACUACCAGGCGAACUCGGUCAACACGAUCAUUACAUUGUCUGCUCCGCAUGCGCGGUCGCCCGUCUCGUUCGAUUCGCAGCUUGUCAAAACGUAUGCGUACGUCAAUGACUAUUGGAGGAAGGCGCACUCGACACAGUGGGGCUCAGACAACCCGCUUUGGCAUGUCACGCUCAUUUCAAUUGCGGGAGGUGGAUUGGACACGGUCGUGCCUUCCGACUAUGCAAGUCUCGCUUCCCUGGUCCCCGAGACUCACGGCUUCACCGUCUUCACCUCGACCAUACCAGGUGUGUGGACGGGUAUGGACCACCUGGCUAUUACAUGGUGCGACCAGCUGCGCAAGGUGCUCAUCAAGUCUCUGUACGAUGUCAUGGAUGCCAAGCGAGGGGCCCAGACGAAACCGCGUGGCGACCGCAUGCGCUCAUUCAAGAAGUGGUUCCUGACGGGUCUGGAGGAAGUUGCGGAGAGGACCCUCCCACACAAGGAGGCGAAAACGCUGCUGACCAUGGACGACAGCGCAAACGCCAUCAUUUCGCAGGGUGAGCGCCUCGUUCUUCGCCACUUUGGUCAACAAGGCAAGAAGAAGGCACAUUUGCUUCCCAUUCCACCCCAAGGAACACCGGAAGGCCGCAAAUUCACACUGCUCUCGGAUCGACAUCUGGAUGCACCGGGCGAGAACGGCGUGCUCGAGGUGCUUUUCUGCAGCGUGUUCACGCUACAAGUUGGACAAUCAGCGACCCUGUUCUCGAUGAACAUGGAUCUUUCGGGUGAUAGUAAAGGUUCAACUCGUUUGGCGUGUAAGAACGCGGCUUCCGACACCAUCCUGCUGCCAGCCUCGACAAGACACUCCGAACACCCGUUUGAUAAUGCCCAACCAUUCUCAUACUUGCAGUACGAUCUCGAGGACCUUGCCGAGCAUCAAUUCGUGGCCGUAGUGGACAAGGCGGAUCAGCCGGCAGACGGCUGGGUUAUCGCGGAAUUCACAUCUGCAACCGAAUCCAUUAUUAAAUACCCCGUAGGCUACCGGGAUCUGGUCGCGUCGGAUCUGGAAGUGAAGUUGCCCGCAAGGCGCGCAGUUUCAAUGGAAAUCAAAGUCCCCGCGUUGCAGUCCGGCCUAUUUGCGUACAAGCUUGCCUUUGGUCAUCAGUCCUGUGGAAAGCACGUUCCCCUAUUUAUGCCGCUGGUGCGGCAGUACAUCUCCGAUGUGUACGAGUCGAAGUUCUUUGUUAAUGUGAGGGAGGCUGAAAUAAACUUGCAUGGUGUUGCACCGUACAUGCCACCCGCUCUUCUAGGCCAAGACCACAGCACCGGACUGGCUCUACAGAUCUGGUCUGAUCCUACAUGCGAAAGCCCCCUUGAUGUGACGUUGAGCUUAGACAUCUGGGGCAGCUUCGGCAAAUUGUGGAUGCGAUACAGGACCAUGUUUGCAGCUUUGCCCUUCGUGGUUGUUGCUCUCACAUUAGGCAGACAGUUCAAGACGUUCGAUGAGUCGGGCGUAUUCAUGAGCUUCUCCGAAAGCUUGAAUAUGUGCCUCCGCCGCACGAUACCGGCCGUCUUUUUGAUAUUAUCCGUAGCAGCGAUGCUCAUAGCAGGACAGGGACAAGCCACUGCAGCAGAACGGACGACGUGGAUACCAUCACGCGAUAGCAACACCACGGAGACGGUGGUCGAUUACACUAGGAACGACCUUUUGAUCGGAUCGCCAGAUCCAUUCUUCUGGUUUUUGUUCCCGUUCUUUGGAGUCAUUAGCGUUGGUCUGUGUAUUGCCAUCAAUUAUAUCGCACUUGCGAUUACGCAUCUUUUCGCUCUCAUUUACUCUAAGGUACGAGCCAGGGUUCCCAAAGGCGAAGAUAGGAAAUCUCUAGCCGCAGCAUUUGCUGUCGCAUCAACCAGGCGACGCAUUAUCACAACCGCCAUACUACUUUUUCUUGUCUCGACUGUGAUUCCGUAUCAAUUCGCAUACCUUGUUCUGUGUAUCGUACACAUAGCAAGCUGCGUGCGCGCGUUACGUGCGGCUUGGGAAACGCAUACCGAUGCGAGUUACAACUUCUACAACUACUCACAUUCAAUACUUAUCGUCAUGCUCUGGGUCCUACCGAUCAAUCUUCCUGUUCUCGUCGUCUGGAUCCGGAAUCUCAGCGUACACUGGCUCACGCCGUUUUCGUCACACCAUAAUAUCCUCUCGAUAAUGCCGUACAUCUUACUAGUGGAGACGCUCAGCACAGGACGUAUGAUAUCACGGGUCAAAUCGCCUCUUAGAAUCAUAACCCAACUACUCCUCCUAACCCUCGCUGGGUGCGCAGCUCUAUACGGCGUCUCCUAUGCUUAUUAUUUGCACCAUGUAGUCAACGUCUUCUGCGCGUGGCUCGUUGCACUACAUUGGACGAGCAGCUCAUUUUCGCUACACUAUAGACUCAGGGACGUGAUUGACGUUUCGGAACCUGCUUCCAAAACAAAGAAGAGGCCUUGACAUCGUCGGCUGGUUUUCAUUUCUGGCUACCUCUAUCGUACUUCUUCUUUCCGUUUGCCUUUUAUUCUUCAAGAGGACAAGAUAAAGAUACAACACUAGCAAAUGUUUAAUUGAUAACCUCCCUCUGACGCUGCAUGUGUCGAAAUGUCCUGAUAUGUAUUGAGCUGCCAGCGGGUUUCUUUCCGAAAUAUCCUUUUUUUUGUUGCGAUCUUUGCUUGGCGGUGGUGGCGCGAGGUUUUGGAAGGCGCUGUGUUAUUGAUAUACCUUUUUUGUACCCUCACUUUAUACUUCUCAUGCCUCGCUAGCCAGCUAGACUACCUGCCGCCAUGUUCGACACAUGGAUGCAAAUCUUGAAGGGAUAGACGACGAGCAGCCAAGAGCCGGGAGUAGUCACAAGAAAGAACGGAGGGUGUAGCAUGUGGGAAAGAAGACUUGUGCAAGGUAAAAGACCAUGUAGAUACUGUGUAAUACGAAAGUCAAGACAUUCAGAUUACGUUACGGCUAAUCGCAGUUUUCAUUCUCCGUGUUCCACGAACCGAAGAGAAAAUACACGAUUUCCCAUCUGUGCUGUGAAUUUUUGACCC